AUGGAUUGUAUCUUUUCCGGUUUGCUGAUGGAAAGACUAGAGACUCUGUUUUUGGAGGAAAAGCUUUGGCAUAUUGCCAAUAAACCUCUUAUCUUGCGAGAAUGGAAUCCAGGUAUGCAGUUAUUGAAGCUUUCUUUAUCCACUGUUCCUGUUUGGAUUAAAAUGCACAAUCUCCCUAUGGAGUAUUGGAGCUCUUCUUGCUUGAGCCACAUAGUAAGUGGGGUGGGAAAAACCCUCUGUGCUGAUUCUAUUUCUGAGGACCAACUUAGGUUGGAUUUUGCUCAUGUUUUGGUUGAAGUAAAUUUGGAUUCUGAUUUUCCAAAGGAAAUUGAGAUUUUAGAUCUUAAUGGUGUUGUGAUAAAGGUUGGCAUUGAAUAUCCCUGGCUUCCUAUUAAAUGUAGGAAAUGUAAUUCUUUGGGUCAUACUUCUCACACAUGUUCUAAAAUUGAGAAGAGGAUCUGGAUUCCACGUAAGAGGGACAAAUUACAGCAGGUGAAUGGUCCAACAAAACCCAUUGUUUUGAAGGAAAAAACUGGUGGGAUUACCAAUUCGGGUCCUUCUAAUAAAGACCAAUGGACUAUGGUUAAUAGGUCCAACAAAACUCCUAAAUCUAGGAUGUCAAUUGUUGAUAAUAGCCAGCAUUGGACAAACUCUUUCCAAUUGCUAGCUAUGGUGGAUGGUUUUAAGCAUGAUGAUAGUGAAAUUCGGAAAUCAAAUGAAGCUUUGUUGAGGAUGUUGGAUGAUAAUAGCUUAAAAAAUGAGAGUGAGAAUGAAAAGUUUUUUGAUCCAAUCACUCAAUAUAGGGACAAUGAAAUCAAAGACCCUCAAAUGGACAAUGAUGAUGUUGAGGAAGAUAGAGAUGUACAUGAACUAAAUGUGGUUGAGACACUUGAGCAGGAUCACUUUAAUAUGUCUUGUUUUGAUAAUCCUGUAGAAUAUGGCUUGACUAACUUUUGUGAUUUUAUUUUUUGUGAGGAUUCUACAUUUGGAUCGAAGGUGAAUGCAUGGAACCCUAUAUUCGAGUUACUACCUCAAGAGCCCAAAAUGUUGCCACCUAAUGAGAACGUGCCAAAGGUGAAGUUAAAAUCAUUGCCAGUAGCACGCAGUAAUUUGGAAAUCACUGAUCUCAAUUUUAGUGGCUGUUUCUAUACUUGGAAUAACAAGAGUGAAGGUUCAAGUUUUGUGGCUAGGAAGCUUGAUAGGGUUCUUGUAAAUGAAGCUUGGAUUUGCAAAUAUGGUAGAACUUGUGUGGAUUUUCCUCUUGGUGGUCUUUCUGACCAUUCUCCUGCUGUUAUUUCAGGUGUUCCUGUGUAUAGGCUUUGUAUGAAGUUGAAAGCUCUAAAGGUGGUGCUUAAAGAAAAAAACCGUAGUUGUUGUGGUGAUAUUAAAACUAAGGUUUUGCAAGCCCAGUCUAAGUUGGAAAUAGCUCAGUGUGCUGUUUUAGAUUCUCAUGGCAGUACUAAUAGCUUUCUUUGUAAUUGUUUUUGGAGAGGGUACCAUUAA